CUCGAAUGUCAAAACGGCCACGCAGAAGAAGACAACCAAGAAAUAGGUCAACUUUUCUCCUGGGAAACUUUUAAAAAACAUGGGUGUCAAUCAAUUGCUGGCUCCAAGAUCAUUAUCACCAUAUUGGCGAACCAUGAAGACCACAAGACAACAAAGGUACAAUCCUCUAGACCCCCUCGGUCCGUCUUUUCUGACAGUAAAGCUAGGCGAGGACUAUUUCCGCAUCCCGAAGACGUUGAGCGUUUUCAUGAUGAAGGAGCCUAGACCUAGGGAGGAGGCCGAGGAGGAGGAAGAAGACAACUCCAAGGUGCAGGUAAAGGACGAGGAGCUGGAGCUUAAACGGGACGACGAGGACGACCUCGACGACACGCCUCUGGACUUCAGGAAGAGGAAGGAAGAGAGACUUCGAGAGAGGCGACCUCGAGCUGGGAAGAAAAGCCACACCUGUGAGAUCUGCUACAUUAAGUUCGAUCGGAAAAGUAAACUCACCAGUCACAUGUUCAAGCACAGUAAUUCGAGGCCACACAAGUGCGCGGUUUGCAGCAAAGGGUUCAAGACCAGCGCUUACUUGGCGAGGCACAUGGAGAUCCACGACGAGCCGGUCCAGCUUCACGCCUGCUCCUUGUGCGACUUCAAAGCCAGGACGAAGCCCUACCUGAAGAUCCACUACAUCCGCAAACACACGGAAGACUACAACUACAGUUGCGAGCAAUGUGGGAAGAUGUUCAAGGUUCAAUCGGACUACACGACUCACAUGAAGGACCACGACACGGAGUCCUGCGUCUGCGACAUUUGCGGUACCUCGUACCCCAGCAAAAGUUCCCUAUACUUCCACAAGCACUACAAGCACAAGACGAAGAUUAAGGAGUUCGAGUGCACGAUCUGCAGGAAGAGAUUCAAGAGCCAGAAGAAUCUAAACAAUCACGAGGAGCUUCACAAAAUGAAGUACGUAUGCGAGCAGUGCGGCAUGGAGUUCAAGUUCAAGUACGGGCUCACCAAACACCUGAGGACGCACUCCGGAGAGAAGUCCUAUCUCUGCGCCAUUUGCGGGAAGACGUUUGGAUGUCUCAGCUCACAGAAGAUCCACCUGUUGACCCAUGUUGGAGAACGACCUUACGUAUGUGACAUUUGUGGACAAAGCUUUACCCAGAGGUCCCCGAUGAUGCUUCACAGGAGGAAGCAUCCUGGAGUCCAUCCUCCGCCGCCGCCUAUCAAGAUCACCAACCUCCUCCAUGGCGUUCAGGAUAAAAUCAUUAUGAAGGGGAAUUCCAAGUAGGAGCCGAUCCCAUGGAUUGAUCAGCAGCCGUGGUUUAAUAAGUGUAAUCGAGACAUUUUCUAAUCUACCUAGUGUAUUUUAGAAAUACCACGGUGACAUCGCUUCGGUCAUAAAAAAUCAGCGAAUCUCCUACCCUUCGCUAAUAAGAGCCUGUCGUGUGAACGAAAAGAAGGCUUCGUGUAAAUUGACUACCUUUUUUAUGUUUUUUAUCUGUAAAAAUAUUUAAAGAGUUUAAAAUACGUGUACGGCGUACGAUAAGGCAUGCAAUAAUUUUUAAUAGCGGGACGUCGUUAAGCAAGUGAACCCCGGGAGAUUUUUUAUAAACUGAACAAAUUCAGACUAUUUUUUAGACAUCGUUUCUUCGGUCGCUUCUUUUAAAUCUUGCCUGCCAGAAAUCUACAAGCUGUUAAAAACGCUUCCAAUUUCUCUCGAGGCUACGAUUAUUUUCAAAUCAAGAUUUCUGAUGGCGACUCUGCUCUUAAUAUUAUUUUUUACUAAAGAUUAGGGCAAACUAUGAGUUGUUCCCAUUAGAUGAUACACAUGGCGGAGUCAUCCAAAAGUACCAGUAAAACAAUUUUAUACGUUUUUAUUAUGUACGAAUAUGAAGACGACGGACAGGUGUACUCGAUUGUAAGUAAUCGUAAUUCAGAACUCAGGAGAUCAGUUGAUGUUUCUUUCGGAAGAUAUUGUGCAUUUUCUUAGAUGUCAGUCGUUCUCUUCUUCCGCGCAAUCAAGAGGAUGAUAUUGUAAAUAAUUAUGCAUUUGUACGUGCAUAUCUACGUACGUAUGCGUAUGUAAAGAAGAAGAGAUAGGCUGUCCAAGAGAACGAGAGAUUUUGAGAUAUUGAGAUAACAUGAUAACGACCAUGUUUUUUGAAGAAAGACGAGUAUUUCCAAGUAAAAGGUUUAACCCUUUCCGGCCCAGAUUAAGAUUAUAAACAUCGCGUAAUGUGACUCAUUUAAUCACCGAGACAUUGCGUAAAAUACAUCCAUUAUUGUUACUUGCCCAAUGGAAUAUUAGAGAUAACCAAGGCUGAAAGUCCUACGAUAAUUCGAGCCGAAAGGGUUAAAGUACUUGUUCAUGCUCGUCAGGAAGAAAACCCACACGUUGUAG